GAAGUGAACGUUGCCCUUUGUCUCUCAAGGCUUCGUUCCACCCCUUUUAUGCUUAUUACACCUCAUCUAGCAAAAUCUAUAUUUUAAAAAGGGAAUCACUUGUUUUGCAUGGACGUGCGCAUUACAGUAUUUUGACUCCCAUGACUAUGGCAUUUUCCACCCUAACACCUAUCUUUAUAGCAAUAAUCUGUGUAUUAAUUGCAGUCAUACUGAAAAGCAGUGGGAAAGGAACCAAGAAACUGGAAAGCAAGCCCAACCAGACGGCUGAGUCUCGCCCAUGGGUGGAUGAAGAUUUAAAGGAUAGCACGGACCUUCCAGGAGAAGAAGAUGAUGGCGACGAAUGGCAAAACUUAGAUGACAACAUUGCUCACAUCCCUUUCAUGACAGAGCGUUACUCUGAAGAGGACAUGGUUAAAAGAUCAAAGGAUUUUUAUGCCCUUCUCAAUAAGAGGCGGUCUAUUAGGUUUAUAAGUGAUGAGCCAGUGCCAAGAGAGGUCAUUGAAAAUGUGAUUAAAGCAGCAGGAACAGCUCCCAGUGGGGCACACACAGAGCCAUGGACCUUUGUUGUAGUACAAGAUCUAGAAACAAAACAUAAAAUCCGGGAGAUCAUUGAAGAGGAGGAAGAAAUAAACUAUAUGAAACGAAUGGGGGACAGAUGGGUUAAUGACUUGAAAAGACUGAGGACAAACUGGAUCAAAGAAUACUUGGAUACAGCUCCCUACCUGAUCCUUAUUUUCAAGCAGGUGUACGGAAUGUUUCCAGAUGGAAGAAAGAAAACCCAUUAUUACAAUGAGAUCAGUGUUUCUAUUGCUUGUGGAAUUUUCCUCGCUGCACUACAGAAUGUAGGUUUGGUGACAGUGACUUCUACACCACUGAACUGUGGCCCGCGUCUGAGAGUGUUGUUGCAGCGCCCAGUGAAUGAAAAGCUACUUUUGCUGCUGCCUGUUGGGUACCCUAGUAAAGAUGCCACCGUGCCUGACUUGAAACGAAAGCCUGUGGAUGACAUUAUGGUGGUUAUAUAAACAGGCCAUGGAAUAGGUGGGACAUGACCCUCAGAAAUGUAUUUUUCAGUGAAAAUAAUCAGCAGGAUGUUAAUUUUCUUUGGCUAUUUCUGAGACAAUUCAGACAUGCUCUCUUCUAACAUCCACAAGUUUAGGAACACCAGCAAUCCCAGAGAGGAUACUGUACAUGAACUGACAUAUCUAGUUACAUGUCAUGCCUUCAGUUCUCAUGUACAUACUUCUGUUUCUCAUGCAACAUCAGCCACAUAAUGAAAUGGACAUCUAGGUCCAAAAACCUUCACUUAGAAGAAACUGCAUCCUAUGUGAACCAGUGGUACCAUUAGGACCAGAUGAUGGGGCAGAGGUCUAGGGUCCCUGCUCAUGGGCUCAGCAGGGUUAUCUCAAAAGCAGGCCAGAGCCUUGCAUCUGAACUAUACACUACCAUUGAGAAAGAGUCCCAUAAGCAUUAAGUUCCAUUUCUAUAAUUUCCUCAAGGGAUCACUGGUUUGAAAUGGCACAUGAUGUAUACACCCAUCUUCUUUACCCCCUCUCCUUCUCUUACAUCUUAUGAGUGUUUCUCUAACACCUUCAUAGCAUUAAUAAUGACAACGGGUGGAUUCAUUCAUAAUUAUAAGUAAUCUAAAUAAGCAAUUUAGGGUCAAGCCUAGGGUGGAGCCAACAUUAGUUGAGGGCUGGGUGCCCGGGCUCUUGGACUUAGACCACCCAAAAGGGUGGUGCAAGUUCAUUUAGCCCUAAGGAGGGCUUUCCAGCUGUGAGUUUUUAAAAAAGUUUUCCCUGCCUCACUGUGCUGCCUAGAAAGCCUUCUAGAGGCAGCAGGAAGGUGUGGUAGUGCUGCCAUCCCUGACCCCCUCUGACUUUGUAUGAAACUGAACAUUAGAAAGAAGCACAGCUUUUCCCUUGGCACAACGAGAAUCAAACUUCAUGUUGCCUUUAAGGCAUUUUUCUUCAGUGGAUUCCUUGUUUCUAUUUUACAAAUCUACAUUGAAACAACUUAGGGAGUAGAUGAGCGCACUCCUUCAGACCCACAGUGUGGAUCUGUAAGUAGUACCCUAACAGAUCAUUUUCCAGUAAGUGUGCAAAAGAAUUCACUUCUAUAUUAUAAUUUGAAUAUAUUAUUAGGUCUUACAUUCGUGAUGAUAAAAGAAGAAGCCCUGGUGCCAGUGUAGUUAUGUCACUGUGUCAGCUUCAACUUACUUGUCCUUAGAUGGAGCUGCACAUGUACAGCCUUACCCAUUUAUAUCAAUGGGGGCUGGAUAGGCAGCAUACAGGUAUAGUGGUUAAAUUACUGUAUAGUGUUGCGUAGUGGUUGAAUAGGGGUCAAAUUAAUGGACUGCAUCCAGGGAGACCUGUGUGCAAAUCAUGACGUGAUUUUGGGCCAGCUAUUCUGUCUCUCGCAUUUUAACCUGAUUCACAAAAAUGAUAUGGGGUUAAGUGGUAGUUGGAGAAAGGACAAACUGCUCUGUGUUGUUUGGAAGAAUGGAGAUAAAAAUGUAAUAAAUAAAUCAUAGUGUUCAUAUGCACCAGCAGCAUGCAUAGAUCUCUCUUGCAGUAUUGGGGCAAUUAUUUUCAGUGUGAAUCACCUGACAAAUCCAAGGACAGGGGUACCACUGCAGAAAUGCAACAUUAGCAAAAACUGAUAUGAGAAAUAAUCAAUCGAGAAUUAAUUGCAGGCAUUGGUUUCAUACAUUAAUUCUACCUGAAGUAUGCUAUCACUUGAAAAAUGCAAAGAUAAGAAAUGUUGCUUUUGUAGUUUCCCCUGAAGGAAUAUCUUAGAUGAAAUGAAAUGCUCUGUUAGGGCUUGUCUUACAUGUAUGAA